CAACUUCAGUAGUUGACGGCUGAGUAACCACGUAUGUAGCUGAAGUAUCUUAGCUCUAUGCUUUUUUUCCACGUCGAGGCGUUCAGUUGCAUAUUGCCAUACACGGCGCAACUCGCCCUGAACGCAAUAGUGGCUCUUCGACGUCUCUGACUAACUUAUACCUCCUGUUAGCGACUAGCGCACGUCUUUCCAUACUGCACGUCUAUCGCAUUUAUCAUCAGUUUGCGGACAGCGCUGCGGACAGCCUCCGCAGGCACCUCCGCAGGCCCUCCGCAGCCCCUUGGUGCCUUAGUGCUUUAGACACUAGAUACAGUAUUCAAGUAUAAAAGCAACAGCAUAUGGCCAUCAUGUGUCUCUCCCUUCAUCCAACCCUCCAGCUUCUCCUCUUUUCAAUCUAGAGCAGUUCAUCAACUAAAAUAGUCUAUACUCAAACCUCCUUUUCUCUCAGACCUAAAUACUCCUUAUGGCUCCCAUUCGUAUUGGCUUCAUCGGCCUUAGUGCCGGCCGGAGCUGGGCUGCCUGGGCUCAUAUUACCUACUUGAAAGAUACCUCCAAGUACACCAUCGUCGCCCUCUGCAACACCAGCGUGGAAGCCGCCCAGGCUGCCAUAAAUGCCCACGGGCUGCCAGAGACCACCAAGGCCUACGAUUCUCCGCAAGCACUCGCCGAUGAUCCUAAUGUCGAGCUAGUCGUCUGCUCUGUCAAGGUUCCCUAUCACUACGCGACCAUCAUGCCCUCCCUGAAAGCCGGAAAGGACAUCUUCUGCGAGUGGCCGCUAGCCAAAGACGUCGCCGAGGCAGAGGAGCUCAUCAGUGUAGCGAAGAGCAAGGGCGUUCGCACCAUGGUCGGACUCCAGGCUUGCCGGUCACCCUUCGUGCACAAGGUUAAGGAACUGGUGGAGAGUGGAAAGAUUGGGAAGGUCCUCAGCGUUACGUUCGUUGGUAAUUCAGGCUUCGGAGGGCUCAAGGAGCCAGAUUUUGCUGAGUACACGAACUACCGAGAAAAUGGAGCCAACGUGCUGACAAUCUACUCCAUGCACGCCAUGGAGGCCAUCUUGUACUCGUUGGGAGAGAUAUCCUCUUUCAGUUCCAUCAUCGAGACAAAACGUCCCAAGGUCGAGAUCGUGGAUGGAAAGGGAGCCGUUGUAAAGACUAUCACGCGCACGACCCACGACCAGAUCCUCCUCCAAGGUCAUCUCGAGUCCGGUGCACUGCUGUCCUACCAUAUGCGUGGCGGUCCCGCAUUCGCUGGCAACGAGGGCCUCAUCUGGCGCAUCUACGGCGAGACCGGCGAGAUCCAAGUCACGGCUUCGGGCACGUACCUGCAGGCCGGGCAUGAAGACAUGACGAUCCGCCUUCAAGACCACGCUACGGGCGAGACCACCAAGAUCGAGCCGAACGAGGAUGAUCUAAGCAAGCUGCCCCUCUUCACGCAGAACGUUGGUCGUGUUUACGAAGCGUUUGCCGAUAAGAAGACCGAUGGGUAUAUGGAUUGGUCGUAUGCGCUGCUCAGGCACAAGCUUGUCGAUGAGAUCUAUAAGCGCGAUGCUGCUGGGAAGCAGGAGACUCCGGCGACUUACACAAAGGCCUGAUGUCCUUCAGAAGCGAGCGUUGCAUUUCUAUCCUUGGCGGUUUAGAUAGCAUUUAGUGGUCCGAAUAGGAUUAAGUGGAAAUUUCCGACAUGACGGUUCUCCAUUGCAUAUUCCGAUAUCUUUUCUGACACGUGUAACACGUCUGCACGCGUUGGACGUGUAAACUGAACGUAGAUGGAGUCUAGAAAUCAAAGGCGGAAUUAGACAAAUUGAAGUGAUAUGAUUGGCC